UCCCUUUUCAAUUUACCCGCCAUAUGUCACAAUUAUUUUGUUAUUUUCCUAAGCUAUGUACAAAUGCAGUAUUUCAGUUAUUUAGGGUACCAUUUCAAAGUAAAUGGCUUCUCCUCCUAGACUUCCACCAUUGUCACUCCAGAGGUUCUCAGCCCACAAAAUGAUGCAAGUGUCCAGGGUCAGCCCAGUCAACACCCAACUCCCAGGAAAACUACGCCUCCCCAGCAUACCUGAACCAAGUCCUAAAACAGUCCUGAGGGCAUCAACUGCUUCGGAAAUGAGAGGCUGAUGCUUCAAGAACAGGCAAGUUUCUGUAACAGUGACAGACUGAGCGAUAUAACGCUGGUUGUUGGAGGACGGAAGUUUUAUGCUCACAAACUCAUACUUGUAAGGGCAAGUGACGUUUUUGAAAGAAUGUUAACAGGGGACUGGUCAGAGACAGGAAAAAAAGAACUAGAGCUGAUCGAGGAGCAGAUGUGUGUAGGUGUAUUUCCUCGCUUCUUGAAGUUUCUCUACAGCUGUAACAUCAAGUUGAACCUGGAAAACUCCCUGCCUGUCCUGGUACUGGCUGACAAGUAUAACAUUUCAGACCUGCAGAAUGUCUGUAUCAGCUUUGCUUGUGCCCACAUUAUCCCAAAGCUUCAGCUGAAAGAUGUGUUUUAUGUGUGGUUCCAGUAUGCUACCAAAUGUUACCACAGAAGACUGGUACACUCAUGCAUUAAAGCAAUGGCAGAGAAAAUGGAUGAAAUAAUGGCUGACAGCAGAAUCACAGGUUCAGAAUAAGCUAUUGGUAUAGUUGGAUUGUCUGGCAUUCCAUUGUCAGAAUUUAAAUUUUGUCUUAAUCUUCUCCUUUGAAACUUCUGGUCAGAAUUACACCAAAUUUGGUCAGUAGCAAAUGACUUCUCCUCAUAAACUGCUUAAUGAAUUUUCAUGCAACUUUGUCCGCUUUGUCCGUAUCAUCAUUAUAAGGUUCUCUCUCAUUUGUUUUUAUCAGAUUGGAGCACUCGGGGCCCCUUUCAGAGGCCACUAGAGCUAAAUAUAGAUAUAACUGUAAACAGCUUCCUCCCAUGAACUGCUCAAGGAUCUUUAUUAAACUCUUGUCUGAACGAGGGUUGUCCCAAAAAAUCGCGAACUUUUUUUAUUUCGAAAGUAAGCGACGCAUCAAAUAAUUAUUUCAACUGGUGUUAUUUCAAUGUAUACUCUACAGGUCUAUAGAGUUUAAAAUUAAAUAUCUGUCAUAUUAUUCGAGUAUUCUUUAAGUAAUGGACAGCAGUCAGUGCUAGUCGGCGCACACAAUUAGUUUUUCUCCUACAAAAAGAAAUGGCUUCCUUUUAACCCUUUUCCAAUCAUAUCGCCCCAAUCCGCCCUUAUCGCUUAUCCAAUGAAACGCCUCAAUCCGCCCGUGCUGUCUACAAAGGAUUCGCCUGAAACCGCCCGGAUAAUGCACUGUUUAAUAUUUGUCUUUU